CCUGUAUAAUACUUUGCAAUUUAAAUUGUGCAAUAUAUGUGGUGCAAGAAAUUCCACAGCGUAAGACGGCUUUUACAUGGGUAGUAAAGAUAUGAUAAGAUCCCAAAAAGUGGCACACUGUUCAUUAGAUAAGGAACAAGUUUGUGAUAUGAGAGGGCAUAGGUCAACAGUUAGUAGCCUUUUGUAAACACGUGGACAGAUUGUUAGCGUUCCCUUUUCAAACUGUAAGUAAAAAGUAACUGGGAGAAUAUCGAUUCCAUUGGAAUUCAGUGCAGUGUAUUAAGAUAGAUAUUACGUAUUACCGAUAAGUCAAAGAUUUUAUCAACAUUUCCAGACUUGGACAUAAAUAUUCGUAGAGGUCCUGUUCUUGAAGGUAUUGUAAUUAUCUUAUACGUUUGGCAUCAUUGCGCUGCCUUUCUUUGAAGAUGGAGAAUCCAGACCUGUAUAUAAAACAUGUAUUACCUCAGCUGACGAAAUAUUAUCGACAUUUAAUGGACACUUACCUUCCAUAUAUUCGGCAUGAUACGAACCACAACAAGUCAGUGUUGGACAUUGGCUGCGGUCCGGGAAAAACGACUCAAGACGUUAUUCUUCCCUACCUGGAGCAAGAUUUUAAAGAAGUGAUUGGAAUUGAUAUUUCUAAAACAAUGCUCGAUUACGCGAAGAGAACCUGCGGUGACGAUCGGGUUAGCUUUGAGGAAGUUGAUAUAUUGGACGUUCCAGAUAAAUUUGUGGGUCGUUUCGACUAUAUAUUUUCUUUUAUGACAUUCCAUUGGAUAGAAGAUAAUAGAAAAUUAUAUUCUAACAUUUUAAAAAUGUUGAAGCCGAACGGUGGCUUUCUUGCCACUUACGUAUUUUCUAGUACAUCGGGUCGUAUCAUCAGAGAACUGCAAACAAAUGAAAAGUACGCACCUUACUUUACCAAUUUCCAGAAAACAAGGAACGCGAGAAUGCCAGAAAAGGAAUUAACUAGCCUUUUAGAAGAUGUAGGAUUUGAAAGUGUCUUUUGCCAGGUAAAACCAACUUAUUUUGAAGAUUAUACUGCGGAGGACUUAGAAGGCCGUUUCAUUACAAUAAGUCCGUUCUAUGAGUUGGUUCCGAAUCAUUUACGAAAGGAAUUCUUGGCAGACCACGUUGAUCGAUUUGAAUCGGUGAUUGAUGCCAAUGGCAUAAAAAAAUAUUACUUUGAAGACAACCUGUUUGUAAUACAUGGGCGAAAAAUAAACUCAAUUUAGACGCAUUUGGCUUAAAACAAUGUCUAAAUUAUCCCUCACAAUUUUACCACACUCUUGAUGAUGCCUCCUUUGCAGAUAAUUCCGAGACUGUACUUGCCUAACCUUACAAAUCUAUUGAACCUUGCUAAUGAAAGAACAUUGGAAAUUAAUACCGGAUCGUCUCCUCGGAAUUAACACUCACAUAGCGUAUUUCCGGCUACGUAGCUGUCUUUACAUUCAGAAAUUAACGUACUUCUUACGUACAUGCUCAGUGCUGAAUUUUCUACAAAUGUUGAUAUCAUUCGACGAUCUCAUCAGAAGCUCCUUUAUCAACGUUCUCAACGUGAGUAUCAGUAAUUAGAAAAUAAACUGUUACAACUUCGUCUCCAGACAUCCGGAACCUAUUAUGAAAACAAUGCUCUACAGAAAUUAAAAGGCGCAGAAAGGCCAACCUUAAAUUGCAUCAAAUGUUUACAGAUUCCCUCUUGAAAUUCCCCUAGUCUAAAUUUCGAUACCCUAUAAAUUUUCUAUGACAUGUAAUGACUAAUCUACGCUACCCUUGAAAUCUAAAAAAAUCAAAAAAAUAGUGCCAAAUUUAGAGCUUGUAACAGUUAGUUUUGAUUUUAGUGUAGGGUUGUUGUAUAAUUUUUGCUCGAAGUAUUUGGUUUGCUUUGUGUUCGUUAGCUUUCGGCAUUUGUACGAUUUCGAGAUAUUUCUGGAGGCCAUGAUAGCGAAAUUGUAAUUUGCUUGUCACUUCAAGCCGUUGCGUAAUUUGGCAUGUGCAAAGUUUGAGCCGUAUAGGUCCAAGCAUUUGGCAGUUAUCGUGUUCACGGACGGACAGACGACGGACACCAUGGACUCCCCUAUGAAGUUUACAUCGCUUUGCUCUGCCGCUUUUCAAAGCAAAUCCCGUAUCCCAAAUACCAAAGUGCUGACCUUAAAAAAACAUAUGGAACUAUUAAGGAAGUAUUAAGAUAUAUUAAAAUACUCAUAUGCUAGGAAGAAUUUAGUAAGUGACAAUGAAAACUAAAUAGUCAAGACGACGGUGACGAUUGUAGGAAGAGAAAAGGAAUUCGACGUGGAAAUCAACGAACGAAUAAGCAAAAGUAUACCAGCCACGUAUUCACUGCUAAAGACUUCCCGAAAGUAGCACAACUGAUGUUUAAAAUAUGCGAUAUGUUUGCCUCUACUAGAAAAAUCCUCGGAAAAAUCUUAAUGUGAGAAAGUUUGUACAUGUGCACAUAAAUCGUCGAAAUUGAUCUUGGUUGAGGUGCCAGAGCUAUAAGCUAGCGAGUGGAACAAGAACGAUCUACAUAUCUUGAAAACUGUAGGAGCAGUUAAGGCUUCGGAUAGACGGACGGAGAAAGUGGUCAUGCUAUUUACGUUCCAACACAUUUAAAAUACUUAACAGGUAAUAUAGAUUUGUUAACUAUAAUUAUUUUUUAAAUCGUUUCUUAUAUAAAUAAUAAUGUCAGCUAGGCCUGGUGAUGGGAUAAUUGACUUCCGAAAUCGAUCGCCAAAGAAAUAUCAAUUUUAAAUAAAUUACCUCAGUUCGAAAACUGUCAUUUUUUCAUAGCUUAAUCCUGUAU